UCAAGUUCAGGGACUUGUAAGAGCGACUCCUGCACAGACCGGCCAGUCAGCCAGUCAGCCAGCAAGCCAGCAGCAGCUCGCCGGUCUGCUCGCGCGUCCCCCUGCUGCGCCUCACCUGAGAGCCGGUCUCUCCCGAACUCUUUUCUGCGGUAGUCCCGCGAUGGAUCCCUGGACCGUCACAUCUGCUCUGCUGCUGCUCGCGGGGGCGACUUCCUCUGCGGCUUUCGGGGUGUUCGACACCGAGUGCUACACUGCCAACGGAGAGGACUACAGGGGCUUCCAGAACCAGACCAGCCUGCAUGGGGGGAAACCCUGCCUCUUCUGGAAUGAGACCUUCCAGCACCCGUACAACACCCUUAAAUACCCCAACGGAGAGGGGGGGCUGGGCAGCCACAACUACUGCAGGAACCCCGACGGGGACGUUCAGCCAUGGUGCUACAUCGCAGACCACGACGACGGGAUCUACUGGAGAUACUGCAACAUCCCCACCUGCCAGAUGCCCGGGAACCUGGGCUGCUUCAGAGACAGCGGUGACCCGCCGACCCUGUCCGGCACCAGCGAGACCUCCAACAAGCUCACUAUCCAGAACUGUAUCAGCUUCUGCAGGAAGCAGAGGUACAAGCUGGCCGGCAUGGAGUCCGGGUAUGCCUGUUUCUGUGGCAACGAGGUGGACCAGCGAGAUCACGGCGAGUCGCCGAGCAUGGAGUGUAACCACGUUUGCUUCGGCGACCACACCCAGCCCUGCGGUGGCGACGGUUGGGUCAUCAUCUUCGACACUCGAGUCGGGGCUUGCGGUGGAAACUACUCCUCUCCGUCCGGAGUGAUCUACUCCCCCGACUUCCCCGACAAGUACGGGGCCGGCCGCGUUUGCUACUGGACCGUCCACGUGCCCGGAUCCUACGCCAUCCUCUUCAACUUCACCUUCUUUGAGAUCUCCGACCAGACGGACAUGGUGGAGAUCCUGGACGGCUACACCAACCACGUAGUGGCGCGCUUCGACUGGCGCAGCCCGCCGAGGGAGCUGGUGAACGUCACGGGCGACUACGUCGUCCUGUACUUCUUCUCGGAUCGCACCAACCAGGCCCAGGGAUUUGCUCUGCUUUACCAAGCGCUGAGAAGCCAAGACACCAGAACAAUGGAGGCCGAGGGAGACGGGGGGGAGGACAACGACGUCUCCAGCACGCCGGGGCCCCGGCUGGCCGGCGGUGUAGGAGGAGGUGGAGUCACCGAAAGAUCCAACAGCACCUCCAAUGGACGCUCCUCCCAGAUCCUCUACGUCAUCACGUCCAGCCCCGGGAAGCCGGAGCGCAGCAUGCCAGGUCAGUGGGCUGGACGCGGCGAGACCGGCGGCGGCCACGGCGCGAUGUGGACCAUCUACGCGCUCGCCGCGCUCCUCGUGCUCACCGUGGUGGCCAUGGUGGCCAAGCUGCUGCUGCACAUCACCGUCAAGUCUCCCAGCGUGCCGGCGGGCGGCGGCUCCGACGGCUGCGGCCCGAGCGCGGCGUCCUCCGAGCCGUGGAUUAUCCUGUACCGCCCCUCCACCAUCUCGCUCUUCAAGAAGAAGUUGAAGAACCACCACGGCGACCUCAGCCCCCUGGUGGGCAACUAAAGAAUCAACGUCGACCGAGAAAAGCUGCCCGUCAAACGCUGCCUGACAACCCCCCCCCCCCCCCCCCCGUCGGACGGCAGGGGGCCGGACAAUGAAACUACGCCGACACACCCAGUGGCUAACGACGACUGACUGAGAGGACGCCAAUGAGCUCGGCACCAAAGAGGUGGUGGGGGGGGGGAGAGCUGAUGAAGGACAAAGGAGCGAGGGGUCGUAAUGUUUAACAAGCUUCUCUGAUCCCUGAUGAUCAACACACCUCCACAACAAACCACAACAAACUAAAACUUUCCAGACUGCAGUCACAACAACAACAACAACAACAACAACAAAGAAUGAACGGCUAACUUCACUGUUCCAGUUGAAGAUGCAGGGAGGGUUUUACCUCCUACCUGGCAACCGCAUCUUCACGAGCAUCAAGGAGAGGACGGAGACACACACACACACACACAGCUUAACAGUGUUUUACACACUCUUUUAAACUGCCUCAUAAGGAGGACAAAACACUUGCAGCCCCCACCCCCAAAAAUCCUCCCAUCCAAAGAGUGUUGUAUUUAUUUGCCUUUAUGCAAACUGUUUAUUUUUUUAAUAUUCUUUUUUUAACUGGACUAAACUAACUUUCAUGAGGAGGAGGUAGAUACCACAGCACUUUGGGGAUGAAUCACUUGCUUUAAAAUGGAGAGAUGAGAGAGAGAGAGAGAGAGAGAGAGCUCGGUGGUGGGUGGGUGGGAGAGUGUUUCCGGUUGUGUGGCGUUCAAGUGCCUUCAGGAUCUCCCGUUCUCUUCAUGCCUCUGUCUCACAUGAGUCGGCACUUUUUCUUUUUUUUAUAUUUUUCGUGCCCUUUUAGGAUUCCUGCUCAUAUUAAAUGUUAAACGUCUCGUCCAGUGAUUUGAAGCUUUAUAUUCUUUGUUUCUUCUUUUCUAACUCAAGUGAACACGUCUCAGACCUGGACAGGUAAUAAUUACACGAGGCUCUUUGGGGCCUUUUGGGACGAAAUAGAAAAAUCUUUAAUUUCUCAUUUCUGACAUUUACUGAACAUAUUGUUCACAUUAAGUUGUCUCUUUGAUUACAGGGGAGGGGAGGGGUAUCAGGGGGGGGGGGUGUUAUAGUGUUGUAUAUCAUGUAAUUCAGUGUGGAAAUCAUCGUUCUUUAGUUUUGUGUCCCGGCUUCCUCGUCCACUUUGCUUUGGAGACGAUUUCAGGCCCAAAAAAUGUCAAGCGCCAAAAGAAUAACUAUACACCAAACGGAGAUAAAACAAAAAGCCCCCGACGGGACAUUUAAACUACUUAAAGGUCCACAGCCACUCCGCCGGUCAUUGCCCUUCAAAAAAAUCGUCCAAUCACAGCGCAGAACAGAGAACAGAGAGCGAGCCUCAAACACGUCCGUGCACUUAAGAUCGUAUUCUACGACGUGAUGUCGGACUCACUCACCGCUUCACUGCACAGAGGAAGAAGAGCGAAAACGGCACUUAAGGUCAAAAAGGUUGUAUCCUAUGACAUCAUGCGGCGUUCACGUCAAAAUGUUUAUGUUCUUCCAAGAAUCGGGAUCAGAGGAGAAGAGACAGAGAACCAAAGAGUUCUUCAAAGAACCUUUAAAGGCGUCUCAAGAACCUUAAAAACAUGCUUCUUUAAGGCACCAUUUAUGGUUCCUAAAGAACCUUUCAAACCAGGGUUCUCCAAUCAGGAGGGGGGGGGGAGAUGGAGCCACAGUCGACUGUAACUCAUACGUAGCGAGGGGGGGGGGGGGGUAUAAUGUGAGUUGAAAUCAAACAAAAUCUGACAGUUCAGAUCUUAACGGCGGCCAUGUUUGUUAAACCACAAAUCCACGUUUUUUUUCUUUUUCCGUUGAAGCGAAAACACCACAGCUCCCCCCCCCCCGCCCCGACACAUUGUUUUGUUUUUCAUGCAGUUUGUAAAUAUAAAAAAAUUAAAUGAAAAUGGUUUUAAUUUAUACAGUAAGUUAUUGUUGUUUUUUAUGUGGGAUAUAAUCUUCUGUUGUUGUUAAGUGAAGUAUCUUUGUAGUUUAUUUAAUGUGUUCCAUGGUUGCAAAAAUAAACACUGUAUGCAUGUUUCUUAA